CACACACUCACAAAAUGUCCUCGUCCAAAAUUUUUAGUAACCAACCCUAAUAUUCAUCAUUUUUUCGUCAUUGAUGCAUGAAGAUAUUAUUUGGAACGAUUAAUCAAAAUUGUUUCGUAAAACUCUCAAUGGAACAUCCAUCAUAUUUACUGCAAAUCACUAAAACAUGAUUCUGAAACUUAUUUCCCAAUAAAAACGUUUCAUUUUUCGACGUUUCUAAGUAUAAUAAUUCUCACGGUUCUCUUCAAUUUUUAUAUCAUUUGUCAAGACAUUGUCAAUCAUCAAUCGUGUAAAAAAUGUCCUUGAACAAAAUUAUCAGUACAAACAUACAGAACACAUUAUCAUUCAUUUCGAGGAAAUACGCGGACGUUAAAUGCGAGGACCGUUUUGUAGUAACCGUGAAAACUAUCAGGAAAUUUAUCAAGGACGUUAUGACAAAGGCGGGUUGUUCGGACGAAAAUGCCGAAGAAUUGGCCACCGUACUCACCAUGGCCGACUCCUAUGGAGUCUACUCUAACGGUAUCAAUCGCUUGGAGCAAAUAUUCAACGAGGUAAAGAACGGAACGUGCAACGGAAAGGGGGAGCCGUGCGUUGUGGGCGAGACGAAGACGACGGCCUUAAUCAACGGGGAUAACGCUCCAGGACCUACCAUUGCUAAUUUCACCAUGCGAAAAGCAAUCAGCAUGGCCAAGGACACUGGCAUUGGAAUAGCUUCAGCCUAUGAUUGCCAUCAUUACGAAUUCGGUAGGAAAUACGUCCUGGACGCAAUUCGUAAUAAUUGCAUAGCGUUUGCCUUUAUGAAUUCAGCACCUGUAAUGAUGCCAGCAAACGCCAAAGAGGUGGUGUUAGGAACGAAUCCAUUAACAGUCGGUGCUCCAGGUCAAUGUGAUGACAAAUUUUUAUUUAACUGUAAAUGCACCAAAGUAUCUAUUGAAGAGGUUGAUUAUUUGAAGAAAACACAAGGUUGUGUACCAGAUACUUGGGCACUCGACAAUGCUUUAAAACCUUUGGCUGAUCCUUAUCAAAUAGUUGAUUGUCCCCGAUUGUUGCCUGUCGGAGGCACCCACAAAUCACCCAGCUUCAAAGCUUCUGGACUGGCAAUGGCUAUUGAAAUACUAACUGGAGUAUUGUCAGGUGGUGCCUUCGACACUGAGCACAGGCAACACGGAGACUGUAGCUGCAAACCUAAUCUCUCGAUGACAUUCAUGGUGAUAAAUGCACCAUGUUUCACCAGUAACUACAAAUACCGGAUGCAAACUUUUAUGAACUCUUUACUAGAUGUUGAACCAAUUGACCCGGAUAAACCUGUACAGAUACCAGGCCACAAAGAAGAGGAAAACAAGAAACGCACCAUAAAGUCUGGAAUAAUAUCAUAUCCGGAACCGAUGUUUCUAUAUCUCGAUAGCAUCGCGGGUCAUGCGGGUAUUCCACCAAUUCAACGCAAGAAACAAACCGUUUUAGUCAAACAAUAAUUACAAGGACACUAUUUUCAAAGACUAGUACAUUAAUCAAUCAUUCGCUCAUUACCAACUAAACUACGGAAGUUAAAGAAAAAAGUAAAAAAAGUUUGUUGAACUUAAAGUUCCAAAAAAAUUAAAAAAACACAAAACCAACAAAAAAAUAAACAAAACACUAAUCCUUGGA